AUGGGUGUCGGCCAGAGGAAGCUGGCCCCACUCUGGACCCUGGCUCUUGCUCUGGCCUGCACCCGGCACACAGGCCAUGCCCAGGACGGCUCCUCCGAAUCCAGCUACGAGCACCACCCUGCCCUCUCUCCCAUCGCCCAGGGACCUGGUGGGGUCCCGCCCCGUGGGGUGACUCUCUUCCCGCCUCUGAGGACCAUCCCCGUGGUACGAGCCUCCAACCCGGCACACAACGGGCGGGUGUGCAGCACCUGGGGCGACUUCCACUACAAGACCUUCGACGGCGACGUCUUCCGCUUCCCCGGCCUCUGCAACUACGUGUUCUCCGAGCACUGCGGCGCCGCCUACGAGGACUUCAACGUCCAGCUGCGCCGCAGCCAGGAGUCAGCAGCCCCCACGCUGAGCAGGGUCCUCAUGAAGGUGGAUGGCGUGGUCAUCCAGCUGACCAACGGCUCUGUCCUGGUCAACGGCCGCCCGGUCCUGCUGCCCUUCAGCCAGUCUGGGGUCUUCAUUCAGCAGAGCAGCAGCUACACCAAGGUGGAGGCCAGACUGGGCCUUGUCCUCAUGUGGAACCACGAUGACAGCCUGCUGCUGGAGUUGGACGCCAAAUAUGCCAACAAGACCUGUGGGCUCUGUGGAGACUUCAACGGGAUGCCCGUGGUCAGCGAGCUCCUCUCCCACAACAUCAAGCUGACUCCCAUGGAGUUUGGGAACCUGCAGAAGAUGGACGACCCCACGGAGCAGUGUGAGGACCCUGUCCCUGAACCCCCGAGGAACUGCUCCACUGGCUCUGGCAUCUGCGAGGAGCUCCUGAAUGGUCAGCUGUUCUCCAGCUGUGUGGCCCUGGUGGAUGUCGGCAGCUACCUGGAGGCCUGCAGGCAAGACCUCUGCUUCUGCGGAGGCACCGACCUGCUCAGCUGCGUCUGCCACACCCUCGCGGAGUACUCCCGGCAGUGCGCCCACGCCGGGGGGCUGCCCCAGGACUGGCGGGGCCCUGACCUCUGCCCCCAGACGUGCCCCAGCAACAUGCAGUACCACGAGUGCCGCUCCCCCUGCACAGACACCUGCUCCAACCAGGAGCACUCCCAGGCCUGCGAGGACCACUGUGUGGCCGGCUGCUUUUGCCCUGAGGGGACGGUGCUCGAUGACGUCGGCCAGACCGGCUGUGUCCCUGUGUCACAGUGUGCCUGCGUCUACAACGGCACUGCCUAUGCCCCGGGGGCCACCUACUCCACAGACUGCACCAACUGCACCUGCUCCGGAGGCCGGUGGAGCUGCCAGGAGGUUCCAUGCCCGGGUACCUGCUCUGUGCUCGGAGGUGCCCACUUCUCGACGUUUGACGAGAGGCACUACACGGUGCACGGGGACUGCGGCUAUGUGUUGACCAAGCCCUGUGACAGCAGUGCCUUCACUGUACUGGCUGAGCUGCGCAGGUGUGGGCUGACGGACAGCGAGACCUGCCUGAAGAGCGUGACACUGAGCCUGGACGGGGCACAGACGGUGGUGGUGAUCAAGGCCAGCGGGGAAGUGUUCCUGAACCAGAUCUACACCCAGCUGCCCAUCUCUGCAGCCAACGUCACCAUCUUCAGACCUUCGACCUUCUUCAUCAUCGCCCAGACCAACCUGGGCCUGCAGCUGGACCUGCAGCUGGUACCCACCAUGCAGCUGUUCGUGCGGCUGGCGCCCAAGCUCCGAGGGCAGACCUGCGGUCUCUGUGGGAACUUCAACAGCAUCCAGGCCGAUGACUUCCGGACCCUCAGUGGGGUGGUGGAGGCCACGGCCGCAGCCUUCUUCAACACCUUCAAGACCCAGGCCGCCUGUCCCAACAUCAGGAACAGCUUCGAAGACCCCUGCUCCCUGAGUGUGGAGAACGAGAAGUAUGCUCAGCACUGGUGCUCGCAGCUGACCGAUGCCAACGGCCCCUUCAGCCGGUGCCACGCUGCCGUGAAGCCGGACACCUACUACUCGAACUGCAUGUUUGACACCUGCAACUGUGAGCGGAGCGAGGACUGCCUGUGCGCCGUGCUGUCCUCCUAUGUGCAUGCCUGUGCCGCCAAGGGUGUGCAGCUCAGUGGCUGGAGGAACGGCGUCUGCACAAAGCCCAUGACCACUUGCCCCAAGUCGAUGACCUACCACUACAAUGUCAGCACCUGCCAGCCCACCUGCCGCUCUCUGAGUGAGGGGGACAUCACCUGCAGUGUUGGCUUUAUCCCGGUGGAUGGCUGCAUCUGUCCCGAGGGCACCUUCCUGGACGACACGGGCAAGUGUGUGCAGGCCAGCAACUGUCCCUGCUAUCACAGGGGCUCCGUGAUCCCCAAUGGGGAGUCGGUGCACGACAGUGGGGCUGUCUGCACCUGCACACAUGGGAAGUUGAGCUGCAUCGGAGGCCAAGCCCCCACCCCAGUGUGUGCUGCGCCCAUGGUGUUCUUCGACUGCCACAAUGCCACGCCCGGGGACACGGGGGCCGGCUGUCAGAAGAGCUGCCACACCCUGGACAUGACCUGUUACAGCCCCCAGUGUGUGCCUGGCUGCGUGUGCCCCGAUGGGCUGGUGGCAGACGGCGAGGGCAACUGCAUCACUGUGGAGGACUGCCCCUGCGUGCACAACGAGGCCAGCUACCGGGCCGGCCAGACCAUCCGGGUUGGCUGCAAUACCUGCACUUGUGACAGCAGGAUGUGGCGGUGUACAGAUGACCCCUGCCUGGCCACCUGUGCUGUGUACGGGGAUGGCCACUACCUCACCUUCGAUGGGCAGAGCUACAGCUUCAACGGAGACUGCGAGUACAUGCUGGUGCAGAACCACUGUGGCGGGAAAGGCAGCGCGCAGGACUCCUUCCGUGUCGUCACUGAGAACGUUCCCUGCGGCACCACGGGGACCACCUGCUCCAAGGCCAUCAAGAUCUUCCUGGGGGGCUCCGAGCUGAAGCUGAGCCACGGGAAAGUGGAGGUGAUUGGGACGAAUGAGAGCCAGGAGGUGCCAUACACCAUCCGGCAGAUGGGCAUCUACCUGGUGGUGGACACCGACAUCGGCCUGGUUCUGCUGUGGGACAAGAAGACCAGCAUCUUCAUCAACCUCAGCCCCGAGUUCAAGAGCAGGGUCUGCGGCCUGUGCGGGAACUUCGACGACAUUGCCGCCAACGACUUUGCCACACGGAGCCAGUCUGUGGUGGGGGACGUGCUGGAGUUCGGGAACAGCUGGAAGCUCUCCCCGUCCUGCCCGGAUGCCCUGGCGGCCAAGGACCCCUGCACGGCCAACCCCUUCCGCAAGUCCUGGGCCCAGAAGCAGUGCAGCCUCCUCCACGGCCCCACCUUCACCGCCUGCCACGCACACGUGGAGCCAGCCAGGUACUACGAGGCCUGUGUGAACGACGCAUGUGCCUGCGACUCAGGGGGUGACUGCGAGUGUUUCUGCACGGCUGUGGCCGCCUACGCCCAGGCCUGCCAUGAAGCGGGCCUGUGUGUGUCCUGGAGGACCCCGAGCAUCUGCCCUCUGUUCUGUGACUACUACAACCCGGAAGGCCAGUGCGAGUGGCACUACCAGCCCUGCGGGGCGCCCUGCCUGCGGACCUGCCGGAACCCCCGUGGAGACUGCCUGCAGGACGUCCGGGGCCUGGAAGGCUGCUACCCCAAGUGCCCACCAGAGGCUCCCAUCUUUGAUGAGGACAAGAUGCAGUGUGUGGCCACCUGCCCAACCCCACCUCCGCCACCACUGUGCCAUGUCCAUGGGAAGUCCUAUCGGCCAGGCGCAGUGGUGCCCUCAGACAAGAACUGCCACUCCUGCCUCUGCACCGAGCGCGGCGUGGAGUGUACCUAUGAAGCUGAGGCCUGUGUCUGCACCUACGACGGACAGCGCUUCCACCCAGGGGACGUCAUCUACCACACGACGGAUGGCACGGGUGGCUGCAUCUCUGCCCGCUGUGGGGCCAACGGCACCAUUGAGAGGAGGGUCUACCCCUGCAGCCCCACCACCCCCGUCCCCCCAACCACCUUCUCCUUCUCCACGCCCCCACUCGUCGUGAGCUCCACGCACGCCUCCAGCCCUGUCCCGAGCAGCAUGCACACAGGCCCUCCAAGCAGCGCCUGGCCCACCACAGCAGGCAUUUCUCCCAGGACGAAGCCGCCCACAGCCUCUGCCUCGCUGCCGCCGGUCUGUGGGGAAGAGUGCCUGUGGUCACCUUGGAUGGACGUUAGCCGCCCUGGACGGGGCAUGGACAGCGGUGACUUUGACACACUGAAGAACCUCCGCGCCCAUGGGUACCUGGUGUGCGAAUCACCCAGGUCGGUGGAGUGCCGAGCCGAGGAUGCCCCCCGAGUGCCGCUCCGAGCCCUGGGGCAGCGUGUGCAGUGCAGCCCGGACAUGGGGCUGACCUGUCGUAACAGGGAGCAGGCAUCGGGGCUCUGCUACAACUACCAGAUCAGGGUCCUGUGUUGCACGCCCCUAGCCUGCUCCACCUCUAGCAGUUCAACCCAGACCACUCCUCCAACAACCUCCAAGACCACUGAAACCCGGGCCUCAGCCUCCUCAGUCCCCAGCAGCACACCUGGCCCCGUGUCUCUCUCUACAUCCAGGGCAACACCUGCCCCAGGUACCGCUACAUCUGUCAAAAGAACUUUCUCAACUCCCAGCCCUCCGCCAGUGCCAGCAACAUCAACAUCAUCCGUGUCGACCACGGCCCCGGGGACCUCCGUGGUCUCCAGCAAGCCCAGCCACACCGAGUCCAUCACACCCUCCUGUGUACACGAGCUUUGCACCUGGACCGAGUGGAUCGACGGCAGCUACCCUGAUCCCGGAAUAAAUGGCGGAGAUUUUGACACAUUUCAAAAUUUGAGAGAUGAAGGGUACAAAUUCUGUGAAAAUCCUCAAAGCGUGGAGUGCCGGGCAGUGGGCUUCCCCAACACGCCACUGGCAGACCUGGGGCAGGACGUCAUCUGUAGCCGCACGGAGGGGCUGAUUUGCCUGAACAAGAAUCAGCUCCCACCCAUCUGCUACAACUACGAGAUCCGCAUCCAGUGUUGCAAGACGGUGAACAAGUGCAGAGACGGCACCAGAACGUUGAAGACCAUCACAACUACACGGCCGACUCCACACCCAGCUGGAGCUCAGACCCAGACCACCUUCACCACACACGUGCCCUCGGCCUCCACGGAGCAACCCACAGCCACCUCCAGGGGUGGGUCCACAGCAACCAGCGUCACACAGGACACCCACAACAGAUCGGUCACCAGAGAUUGUCAUCCCCAGUGCACCUGGACAAAGUGGUUCGACGUGGACUUCCCAUCCCCUGGACCGCACGGCGGAGAUGAGGAAACCUACAACAACAUCAUGAGAAGUGGGGAAAAAAUCUGCCGCCAACCUGAGGAGAUCACCAGGCUCCAGUGCCGAGCCGCGAGCCACCCGGAAGUGAGCAUCGAACACCUGGGCCAGGUGGUACAGUGCAGCCGCGAAGAGGGCCUGGUGUGCCGGAACCAGGACCAGCAGGGACCCUUCAAGAUGUGCCUCAACUACGAGGUGCGCGUGCUCUGCUGUGAGACCCCCAAAGGCUGCCCUGUGAUGUCCACACCUGUCACAGCUCCUAGCACCCCAAGUGGGAGAGCCACCAGUCCAACUCAGAGCACCUCCUCUUGGCAGAAACCCAGGACAACCACUUUGGUGACAAUUAGCACAACCUCCACUCCACAGACCAGUACAAUCUCUACCCCUACAACCAACAUGACCUCUGCUCCUACACCCAGAACAACCUCUGCUCCGACAACCAGCACAACCUCAGCUCCUACAACUAGCACAUCCUCGGCUCCUACAACCAGCACAACCUCUGCCCCUACGAGCAGCACAACCUCUGCUCCUACAACCAGCACAACCUCGGCUCCUACAACCAGCACAACCUCUGCUCCUACAACCAGCACAACCUCUGCUCCUACAACCAGCACAACCUCUGCCCCUACAAGCAGCACAACCUCCACUGCACAGAGCAGCACAACCUCCGCUCCUAUAAUCAGCACAACCUCUGCUCCUACAACCAGCACAACCUCUGCUCCUACAACCAGCACACCCUCCAGUCCUGGAACUACUCCCAGCCCUGUUCCCACCACCAGCACAACCUCUGUUUCAAAGACCAGCACAAGCCAUGUUUCUGUAUCCAAGACAACCCACCCUCAACCAGUUACCAGUGACUGUCAUCCCCAGUGCACCUGGACAAAGUGGUUCGACGUGGACUUCCCAUCCCCUGGACCGCACGGCGGAGAUGAGGAAACCUACAACAACAUCAUCAGGAGUGGGGAAAAAAUCUGCCGCCAACCUGAGGAGAUCACCAGGCUCCAGUGCCGAGCCGCGAGCCACCCAGAGGUGAGCAUCGAACACCUGGGCCAGGUGGUGCAGUGCAGCCGCGAAGAGGGCCUGGUGUGCCGGAACCAGGACCAGCAGGGACCCUUCAAGAUGUGCCUCAACUACGAGGUGCGCGUCCUCUGCUGCGAGAUCCCCAAAGGCUGCCCGGUGACUGCUGUGACCCCAUAUGGGACUUCUACCAAUACCCUGUAUCCUUCCCUGUCUACCUCCGUGGCAUCCACCUCUGUGGCAUCCGGCUCCGUGGCAUCCAGCUCUGUGGCCUCCAGCUCUGUGGCUUACUCCACCCCAACCUGCUUCUGCAACGUAACUGACCGGCUCUACCCCAUGGGAUCCACCAUAUACCGCCACAGAGACCUCGCCGGCCACUGCUAUUAUGCCCUGUGCAGCCAGGACUGCCAAGUGGUCAGAGGAGUUGGCAGUGACUGUCCAUCCACCACGCUGCCUCCUGCCCCAGCCACGUCCCCUUGGACAUCCACCUCUGAGCCCGUCACUGAGCUGGGAUGCCCAAAUGCAGUUCCCCCCAGAAAGAAAGGUGAGACCUGGGCCACGCCCAACUGCUCCGAGGCCACCUGUGAGGGCAACAACAUCAUCUCCCUGCGCCCGCGAACGUGCCCGAGGGUGGAGAAACCCACCUGUGCCAAUGGCUACCCGGCCCUGAAGGUGGCCGACCAGGACGGCUGCUGCUAUCACUACCAGUGCCAGUGUGUGUGCAGCGGCUGGGGUGAUCCCCACUACAUCACCUUUGACGGCACCUACUACACCUUCCUGGACAACUGCACGUACGUGCUGGUGCAGCAGAUCGUGCCCGUGUACGGCCACUUCCGCGUGCUGGUGGACAACGACUUCUGUGGCGCGGAGGAUGGGCUUUCCUGCCCAAAGUCCAUCAUCCUGGAGUACCAGCAGGACCGCGUGGUGCUGACCCGCAAGUCAGUCCACGGGGCGAUGACCAAUGAGAUCAUCUUCAACAACAAGGUAGUCAGCCCCGGCUUCCGGAAAAACGGCAUCGUGGUCUCGCGUGUCGGCAUCAAGAUGUACGCGACCAUCCCGGCACUGGGUGUCCAGGUCAUGUUCUCCGGCCUCAUCUUCUCGGUGGAGGUGCCCUUCAGCAAGUUUGCCAACAACACCGAGGGCCAGUGCGGCACUUGCACCAACGACCUGAAGGAUGAGUGCCGCACGCCUGGGGGCACGGUGGUCGCUUCCUGCUCUGAGAUGUCUGGCCUCUGGAAUGUCAGCAUCCCCAACCAGCCAGCCUGCCACGGGCCUCGCCCGCUGCCCACCACGGUCGGGCCCACGACAGUUGGGUCCACCACGUUUGGGCCUACCACCCCGCCUGCUCCGUGCCCGCCAUCGUCCAUCUGCCGGCUGAUUCUGAGCAAGGUCUUUGAGCCGUGCCACGCCGUGAUCCCCCCACUGCCAUUCUAUGAGGGCUGCACUUUCGACCAGUGCCACAAGACUGACCUGGACACGGUGUGCUCCAGCCUGGAGCUGUACGCGGCGCUCUGCGCGUCCCAAGACAUCUGCAUCGACUGGAGAGGCCGGACCAACCACAUGUGCCCAUUCACCUGCCCAGCCGACAAGGUGUACCAGCCCUGCGGCCCGAGCAACCCCUCCUACUGCUAUGGGAACGACAGCGCCAGCCUCGGGGCCCUGCCGGAGGCCGGCCCCAUCACCGAAGGCUGCUUCUGUCCGGAGGGCAUGACCUUCUUCAGCACCAGUGCCCAAGUCUGCGUGCCCACGGGCUGCCCCAGGUGUCUGGGGCCCCACGGAGAGCCGGUGAAGGUGGGCCACACCGUCGGCAGGGACUGCCAGGAGUGCACGUGUGAGGCGGCCACGUGGACCCUGACCUGCCGACCCAAGCUCUGCCCGCUGCCCCCUGCCUGCCCCCUGCCCGGCUUCGUGCCUGUGCCUGCAGCCCCACAGGCCGGCCAGUGCUGCCCCCAGUACAACUGCGCCUGCAACACCAGCCAUUGCCCUGCACCCGUGGACUGUCCCGAGGGUGCCCGUGCGAUCCCGACCUACAAGGAGGGGGACUGCUGCCCGGUCCAAAAGUGCAACUGGACAGAGUGCAGCAUCAACGGGACCUUGUACCAGCCCGGCGCCGUGGUCUCCUCCAGCCUGUGCGAAACCUGCAGGUGUGAGCUGCCUGGCGGCCCCCUGUCGGACACGUUUGUGGUCAGUUGUGAGACCCAGAUCUGCAACUCACACUGCCCUGUGGGCUUUGAGUACCAGGAGCAGAGCGGGCAGUGCUGUGGCACUUGUGUGCAGGUCGCCUGUGUCACCAACACCAGCGGGAGCUCCACCCACCUCUUCUACCCCGGCGAGACCUGGUCAGACCCCGGGAACCACUGUGUCACCUAUGAGUGUGAGAAGCACUUGGACGGGCUCGUGGUGGUCACCACGAAGAAGGCGUGCCCCCCGCUCAGCUGUUCUCUGGACGAGGCCCGCAUGAGCAAGGACGGCUGCUGUCGCUUCUGCCCGCCACCCCCGCUCCCACCCCAGUACCAGAACCAGUCGACCUGUGCUGUGUACCAUAGGAGCCAGAUCAUCCAGCAGCAGGGCUGCAACUCCUCGGAGCCCGUGCGCCUGGCUUACUGCCGGGGGAACUGUGGGGACAGCUCUUCCAUGUACUCGUUCGAGGGCAACAUGGUGGAGCACAGGUGCCAGUGCUGCCAGGAGCUGCGGACCUCGCUGAGGAAUGUGACCCUGCACUGCGCCGACGGCUCCAGCCGGACCUUCAGCUUCACCGAGGUGGAACAGUGCGGCUGCAGGGGCCAGCGGUGCCCCACGCCGGGCGACACCCAGCACUCGGAGGAGAUGGGACCCGAGCAGAGCCAGGAGGCGGGGAGUGGGAGCUGGGAGAGAGGCACCCUGGUGUCCCCCGUCCACUGACCAGCACCGCCGCCCUCCUGACCCCCAAGGAGAACCUCCCAUAUGUCCUCCGAGUUCGGCUUCCAAGGCCAGUGGAACUUGUGCCCUCAUCCAGGCGGCUGCAGCUUUGAACACACUGUCCACGCCCGUUUUCUUGUGGAGGGAGUGGGCUGUGGGUCACCCACUGCCUGGAAGAGGGUCCCUUACCCGCCCCGCCUGCAGCCACCUCUCUGGACCAGCCCAGGGCCGGUGGGGCUCCUCUGGCCAUGCGUCCGGUCUGCUGUUCUCGGGACUUGAGUAUCACCUGAGGGUCUCAGCAAUGAUGCUUGGAUGUGGUGAUAGGCUGCCCAGUGGCUGCAGGAGGAAAAGCCUCACUCCUACCUCAGCCCUCAGCCUGCACUCCCCUCCUCAGGACAUGGCCAAUCUGUUGCAUAAAUACACUUGAGCAUUUUGCAA